CCCUGGGGAUUAAAAUCGCGUCAAACCUCAAAUUCUCACAUCAAUGCAUCGAUGCAGCAAAUAAAGCGAACAGAAUGUUGGGCUUCAUUAAAAGAAACUUUUUAUUCAAGAAUAAAGAUGUAAUACUUCCGCUCUACAAUAGUUUAGUCAGACCCCACUUGGAAUAUGCGGUACAGUUUUGGUCUCCCCACCAUGCAAAGGACAUUGCUAAACUAGAAGGUGUUCAGCGUCGAGCAACAAAAAUGAUCCCUUCCUUGCGCAACAAAUCCUACGAAGAAAGGCUUUCCACCCUUAACAUGUUCUCUCUUGAGAAACGUCGCCUCCGAGGAAAACUGAUCGAAUGUUUUAAAAUACUUAAUGGUUUCACGAAUGUAGACAGAACAAAAUUGUUUAUGAUCGAUGACACUUUGUGAACGAGGAACAAUGGCACAAAACUCAAAUGUAGACAAGUAAACUCAGACUGCACCAAAAUUUUCUUCACCAACGUUGUAGUGCGAGAAUGGAAUAAGCUCCCACCAUCAGUGGUCCAGUGUAACACGAUUGACUCCUUUAAAAACAAGCUCGACCGUCACUUCCUUGAACUUAAUAUUAACUAGAGUAGAAAAGCAACGUUUUGGAGCCAUCUGAUUAAUGUAAAAUCACUUAGGUUUAAGGACAGACCACCUAGUCUGGACCAUGGGGUCUGUGUGGUCUGAUUUUCUAUGUAAAUCUCUCUCUCUCUCUCUCUCUCUCUCUCUCUCUCUCUCUCUCUCUCUCUCUCUCUCUCUCUCUCUCUCUCUCUCUCUCUCUCGUUAUAGUUAUAGUUAUAGUUAUCUCUCCAACAUUCCUUUCCACACAACACACCCUUCCCGUCAGCUGUCCGUCAUUUCCCCCUUGGCUAACGUAACCACUUGGUGCCUCCCUUGCCGCAGCUCGUGGUGGAGGUGAUGGACGCCAAUGAUCACCGCCCGGUGUUCAGCGCCAGGACCUACGAGGGUGCCGUGAGCGAGGACGUGGCGCCGGGGUCCACCGUGGUCACCCUGCAGUGCCGAGACAGGGACCAGUCACCCACGGCGUCCUCCGCGGUGUACUUCACGCUGCACCACGCCCAGGCCUUGGCGUCCCAGGGCCUCUUCACCGUGGACUCGUUCACUGGUGACCUCAUCGUGGCCGAGCCCCUGGACAGGGAGGUGUCCAGCGUCCACGAGCUGACCGUGAGCUGCAGGGACCGCGGCCGACAGGAGAACGCAGACUUUGCCCGCGUGUCCGUGACGGUGGAGGACGACAACGACCACGAGCCCGUCUUCCUGGAGCCCAUGAUCAUCGCCAAGGUGAGCGUGGGGGCCGCGGCGGGCACGGCGGUGGUGCGGGUGAUGGCGCUGGACCACGACAAGGGCGACAACGGCAGGAUAUCCUACUCCAUCUUCGAGGGAGCUGUGUGGGUGUCUGGCAGCCUGGACACAGUGGCCGGCACCACGGUGAGGCUGAGUGUGUGGGCCACGGACGGGGGCAGCCCCCGGCGGGAGUGUGUGGCGCCCGCCCCAGUCUUCAUCACGGUGAGGGAGGUGAAGGCUGCCCCAAUGGCCUUCCCCAAGACCCACUACUCAGCCGUCCUCUACCUGCCAACCUACCCUGGUGUGAGGGUGUUCUGCCUGGGCCGGGAGGAGCAGCCACGCCACCACGUGGAUGUGAAUGAUAUCACCGAUAUUUCAUAUUCCAUCGCUGCCGGUGACGACAGAGAAAACUUUGUGUUUGACAACGUGAACAAGUGUGUCAAGGUCCAGGACCAGUACAGCCUCAAGCCUCAGUACAACCUCACCCUCCAGGCCAGCGACGGGGCCGCCUCGUCCACGGCAACAGCAGAGAUUAUAAUUGAUGAAGCGCCGCUGUCUACUCUGGUCUUCACUCAGGACCAGUACUGGGCCAACGUCAUUGAGAACUCCACUAAGGAGAUGAAUGUUGCUGCCCUGGGAGUGAAGGGUCAGCCGCUCAACCAUCACGUCCGCUACUCAAUUCUCAACUCAAACAUUAAAUUUGAAAUCCACCCGACCGCUGGCGUCAUCAAGACCACCGGCAAGUCCUUUGACCGGGAGGCAGAGGACCACUACACGCUGGUGGUGGAGGCGCAGGACAUUGAGGGCACAGCAAACGUGGCCCAUGUGCUGGUCCACGUGGCGGUGAUGGACGUGAAUGACAACGAGCCGGUGUUCCUCAACCAGCCCUUCCACGCCCUGGUGUCCACCGUGUCUCCGCGCAGCCACGUGGUCACUAAGGUGCAGGCAAUAGACGCUGACUCUGGGGAGUUCGGAAGUGUCCGCUACGAGCUGGUGCGAGGCAGCGGUGAGCUCUUCGCCGUGAAUAAGAAGACGGGUGAAAUUUCCCUGAAGCAGACCCUGAUGGCGGCCGACAAGACCUACAGCCUCACCGUUGCUGCCUACGACGGGGGAAAGCCUCCCCUCAGCUCACAGGCCCAUGUCCUCAUAAGGGUGGUGUCUUCUGAAGGGCCAAUGUUCACCGCCGCACGGUACGAGGCAGCCGUGCCAGAGAACGCCGCCAAGGGCACGCCCGUUGUAAGGGUGGAGGCCGCUAGCCCUUCCGGGGAGCCCAUCAUGUACACCAUUGUGGCCGGCAACACUGAGGAGCUGUUCGGCCUCGACUAUUCCACAGGUGGCAAUGCAGUGGAUCUUGAAUGCGUCGUCCAGACCACUGCCCUGCUGGACUACGAGGCCUCCGCCAGCCACAACCUGACGGUGCGGGCGCGGGACCCCUUCACCGGGGGCCACACGGACACCCACGUCACAGUCGCAGUCACGGACGUCAAUGACAACCCGCCGGAGUUCAGCCGUUCCGUCUUCAAGGGAGACGUGUCGGAGGCUGCAUCACCGGGCCACGUGGUGCUGCAGGUCUCGGCAAGUGACGUGGACACGGGGCCGGGCGGUUCAGUGCGCUACUCGUGUGUCAUGGAGUGUGGCAGCUUUGAGGUGCGUGCCCUGGACGGUGCCGUCACACUCACCAAGGAGCUGGAUGCAGAGACUGAGGCUCAACACGUGCUGACUGUGCUGGCCACGGACUCAGGCAUACCCCAGCUCUCCUCCACCGCCACAGUGGUUAUUGACGUUGUGGACUUCAACGACAACCCUCCAGCGUGGCGCCAGGACAGCUACUCCUGCCGCGUGUCGGCCGAGGCCCAGCCCGGCCAUGUGGUCACCUCGGUGUCUGCCACUGACCCAGACGCUGGUCAGGUCACGCCGCUCAGUUAUGCCAUUCACUCGGGAGACCGAGACGCCAUCUUCAAAAUGGAUCAGCUGACUGGUGUGUUGACGGUGACGGCCCCACACAAGCUCAAGGACGUGGCCUCCCUCACCCUGAACCUGUCUGUGAGUGACGGGGUGCACGCGGCCUUCACCGGCCUGCACGUCUCGGGGCUGGCCUCCAACCACCACGCGCCGAGGUUUAAUCGCACUCUAUAUGAAGCUUACGUGGAGGAAAAUUCAUCUCCUGGCCAGCUAGUCAUCAACCUGGUGGCCACGGACCUUGAUGCCUGGGACCUGGGCAAGCUGCAGUACACCAUCCUGCACCAGACUUCAGAGGGAGCCUUCACCGUGGACAAAGAAGGCAACCUAUACACUGAGACACCUCUGGAUCGCGAGUCCCUGCCUGUGCACAGCCUCAAGGUGUCUGUGAUGGACGAGGGGGGCCGGGCCAGCUUCACGGCGGUGCGUGUGACGGUCCGCGACAAGAACGACAACCCACCAGUCUUCACGUUGCCGGAGUAUCAGGCGAACAUCAACACUGACGUGGCUCCCAGGACAACCAUUCUCAAGGUCGAGGCCAGUGACGCAGAUGAAGGGGCAAACAGUGAAGUGAGGUACCGCAUGUAUGAAGCCAACAGUUCUGAGGCACUGGAGCUCUUCUUGGUCAACCCCACCACCGGCGAGGUCACCGUGGCACAGACCAUCCACAGCCGAGAAAAUGAGGUGUACCAGUUUUUCAUCCGUGGCGAGGACAGCGGCUCCCCCCAGCACCACUCCGACGUGCCCGUCACCAUCUUCCUGCUGCCCCCUCAUGAGAACCCCCCGCACUGCGCCAGGAAGUAUGCACAGUUCUUCAUCAGGGAGGACGCCCCCAUCGGCAAUGUGAUCACGUCCCUGUGGAUGGCGGGGCCACAGUCAGUGCAGUACCUGAUCAUGGUGGACGAGGGCAUGAAGGCAGCCAGUGAGGAGAGGGAGUCUGGGGAGAGUUCAGGGCCCUUCACCGUGACCUCCACUGGCCUGGUGGUGGUGCACAGGGCCCUGGACCAUGAGCGGCGACGCACACAUCACAUCAGCGUCACCAACCGUACACUGACCACGCCGCCCACGGUGGACUACAUGACCAUCUCUGUGGUGGUGAUGGACGUGAAUGACUGCCCUCCACGCUUCUCUGAGUCCAGCUACACAGCCCUGGUGGCCGAGAACAGCGAGGUGGGCGCCACCGUCACCAUCCUCACGGCCACUGAUGACGAUGAAGGAAACCAUGGCCAGAUCCAGUACAGCCUCGGCCCCGAUGAAAGCGCUGUAGUGAAGUCAACUUUCCGCAUUGAUCCACACACUGGGACGCUGACCCUGGCGGCCCCGCUGGACCGCGAGACCAUGGCCCAGUACUCCUUCACCGUCACUGCCACUGACGGGGGCCCCAAGCCUCUGUCCACCAGCACAAGAGUCACUGUACUGGUCAAGGACUACAACGACAACCCUCCAGUGUUCACCAAAGACACUUACGUCACUGCUGGUGAGGCACUACAAGGGUUUUAUAGAUAAAUGAUUGACAGGAAAUUGAUUUUCUCUGUAAUAUGUCAUUGGCUGUGAAGGUUUUAUAUAUCUACAUUGCCAAAUUAGUUUUGUUUGACGCCAG